AUGGUUGCUCUAUCAGAGGUCCACUCUUCAAAUGAAGCCAUCGCAAAGACGCUACCACUAGACAUAGUGGCUGUUUUCGUUGGCGCGACUAGCGGAAUCGGUAAAGCGACUCUUCUCCACUUUGCGCAGCACACCCGACAACCGCGAAUCUAUUUUAUCGGUCGCUCGCAGCAAGCCGCCGACGAAAUUCUUAAACAGCUUGAAAACAUCAAUGUGGAUGGUCGAUACGAAUUCAUUAAAGCCGAUGUGAGUCUGCUUAAUGUCGUCGACGAAGUUUGCUCGAAGAUCAGAGAGAAGGAGACGCGGAUCGAUGUUCUGUUCCAAAGCCAAGGCACUCUGGACAUAAGCACAGAAACAUCCGAAAAAUUAUCUCUCAUCAUGGCUCUCGGCUACUACUCUCGCAUGCGCUUCAUUGCCAAUUUGCUUCCAAUGCUCCAGCAUUCAUCGAUUAGUCGCGUGGUAAUUGUUCUAGCAGGAACAAAGGAAGGGCCUGUCAACCCCAAUGAUAUCCCAGGGAAGAGGGUCUUACCCUGGAAAGCGCGCGGACAUCUUUGUUCGAUGAUUACACUGACGCUUGAGCAUUUUGCAAAACUGGCUCCUGAAGUUAGCUUCAUACAUAAUUACCCAGGCUUUGUGGACACGCCGCUGUCGCAAUCGAUGAAAGGGGUCUUGGAAGCUGCGAUGAAAUCUGUGUUUCGGGUGACGAGUCUUUUCUCUACGAGAGAGUAUGUGUCUCUUGACGAGACCGGUGAAAGACAUGUCUAUUUGGCGACAGGUGCGAGGUUUCCAGCGAAAAAACCAAGCAAUUCGUCACUAAAGGGCGGCUCUACACUGCUCAAUAGGAAGGAAGUUGCCGUUGGUAGUGAUGGAAUUGUUGGAAGUGGCGUGUACAUCGUGGAUGAGUAUUGUGAGGGUGGCGAUGCAAACGUACAGAGAGUUUUAAGUACUCUCCGACAAGACGAACGUGAUGCGAAGAUCUGGGAGCAUAUGGAGAAAGAAUUCUUGAGAAUCACAGGGAAACCAGCGAUUUUGGGGUAG